AUGGCCCACCAAGUCGCCAUAGCAAAGGCCUCGCUAGCCGCCGGACUGCUGCGUCCGGACCCAACGUCAGUCGCGCGCGACGAGAUCACAGCGCUGCACACCUCUCUCGACAGAGCGCUGGCGCACUGCUCUCGCGCAAACAUCCAGUCCUGCAAAGAAUGGCUUCUCAGAUAUCUUGUCUCCUCGUCUAAUCGGGUCGGCUUGUUGGGGAAGUACCUGGUUGCGCUGUCGGGGUCGUUCGAGGAUAAGAACACCGACACCAACUCCGCCGCGAACACGAACAAAAACGCGAAACAGACACCGACACAGCGGCCCUCUACGAAGAGGAAGAGGCUGCAUUUGUUGUAUCUCCUGAACGAUGUGUUCCAUCAUACGAAAUACCACAACUCGUCGUCGGCGGCGUUCUCGACGCUCAGCGGGUCGCUGCAACCGCAUAUGGUGGAAUUGCUAAGCUACGCUGCGUCCUACGACCGAGAGAAAAACCCGAAACACCAUAGACGGCUCGGAGAAUUGCUGGAUAUAUGGAAGGAGCAUGGCUAUUUCGGCGCUGACUAUGUAGGCAAGCUCCGCGAGGUGGUCGCCAACUCGGCGGUCUCAGGCCCGAUCAAGACAUCGGCGACCACCGGGGCAGAGAGUGCGGAGCCGGAUCGGGACCGCAAGUUGAGGGAUGCACCGUUUAUUAUGCCCGCUACUCACGGCGACCAGUCUGCUCCUUUCUACGACCUCCCGGCUGCGAACCUCAUCCCGCAUAUUGUUCCGAAUUCGACGGCUCCGCUGCGGCCCGACUUGAUCAAGCCGUUGUUUCUGACGGCGGGGCCGGCAGACCAGAAGCUGGUGUCUGCGGUCAAGGCGUUUCUCAGCGACGUGGAUCGGAUCUACGGGCCAGGUGAACACGAGGAGAAAGACAGUGGGAUUGUGGACAUUGACGAGCUCGGCCAGACCGUCGUCCGCGAUGAAAUCACGGGAGACAUCCUCGAAGGCGAAACGUACUACGGCUGGUCCCGGUCGUUCUGCCAACAGAUGAAGAAGAGAAACGCUCGAGGCAGCCGAAGUCGAAGUCGAAGUCACAGUCGCAGCCGCAGCCCUCAUAAGCGGCGACGGUACAGCGACAGUGCCAGUGACGACAGCAGAUACCGCAGCUUGUCUCGAAGCCGGUCACCUCAACGAGCUAGGCGGUAUGACUCGCGAAGUCGCUCGAGAAGCCGUUCCUACUCGCCGCCUGCAGCUCCCCAGAAUCAGCCCUCACACCAACCCUCUCACCCACACAAUCCCUACGCUCAACCGCCAGGCUUCCAACCCCCUCAAAUGCCAUACGGUGGAAACUUCCCGCCGCCGCCGCCGCCGCCGCCGCCAAACUACCAAGGCGCGUGGCCGCCCCCGCCUCCGCAGAGUUUCUCCAACUUCCCGCCUCCAUUCCAGCAGAUGCCGCCAAUGCCGCCGGUGCCACCGCAAAUGCCUCCAGGUUCGGGGCCAUAUAACUUCCCUCCCCCGGGAGGGCGAGGCUGGCAUCCGCCGCCGCCACCGUCUGGGCGUGGAUGGCGGUGA